GCCGCCGAGGCGCCGCCCAGCAACGGCAAUUCUUCUAUCAUUGGUGAAAAUAAGCCUGCAUUCCAGGGAUGCAAGAGGAGCAACAGCCUGAGGCUGCUGCAGACCCAAUGUCCUCCUCAGAAGCACCAGAAGAUGGCCCAAAGGAAGCAUCAAGUGUAUCACAGAAUAUCUCUGAUGCAGAUGCAUUUAAAAUUCUUCUGGAGAUGAAGAUGAAGAAGAGGCAGAAAAUACCCACUUUACCAAGCACUGUGACUGAGCUUGACACAGAGGAUGGUUCUAAAGUGUAUGUGGUUGGAACAGCCCACUUCAGUGACAGCAGCAAAAAGGAUGUAGUGAAGACAAUACAAGAAGUACAGCCUGAUGUAGUUGUGGUGGAGCUAUGCCAAUACAGAGUUUCUAUGUUAAAGAUGGAUGAAAAGACAUUACUAAAAGAAGCCAAAGAAAUAAAUCUGGAAAAACUUCAACAAGCUAUAAAGCAGAAUGGAGUCAUGUCUGGAUUGAUGCAAAUGCUUCUCCUGAAAGUGUCUGCUCACAUCACAGAACAGCUGGGAAUGGCCCCAGGCGGAGAAUUCAGAGAGGCUUUCAAAGAGGCUAGUAAAGUACCGUUCUGUAAGUUCCAUCUUGGAGACAGACCCAUCCCUGUUACUUUUAAGAGAGCAAUUGCUGCGCUUUCUUUCUGGCAAAAAGUCAAGCUUGCUUGGGGACUUUGCUUCUUAUCUGAUCCAAUCAGUAAGGAUGAUGUGGAGAAAUGCAAACAAAAGGAUUUACUGGAGCAAAUGAUGGCGGAAAUGAUUGGAGAAUUUCCUGAUCUUCAUCGAACAAUUGUCUCAGAACGAGAUAUUUACUUGACCUACAUGUUGAAGCAAGCAGCAAAGCAAAUAGAACUACCUCGAGCUUCAGAAACUGAACCCACACAAUACAUCCCAUCUGUUGUCGUUGGUGUUGUUGGGAUGGGUCACGUACCUGGAAUUGAAAAGAACUGGAACUCCGACUUAAAUAUCCAGGAAAUAAUGAGUGUGCCUCCUCCAUCAGCUUCAAGUAAGAUUUUCAGAUUUGUCAUAAAAGCAACAGUUUUUGGACUGAUGGGAUAUGGCUGCUACAGAAUAGGUCAAAGGACAGUUCAGUUUAUUCUCUCAAUGCCAGCAGCACAGAGCUAUCUUCAGAAGCUGACAGAAAUAAGAUCUCAGCAUUGAACAUGAAGUAGAGGCAUUAUAUGAAGAAGGUGGCUGAAGAGGGUGUUAGAGGCAACAAAUAUAAAGUGGACUGAAAGAGGAGGGAAAUAAAGAUGCUAGUCAGAGAUGGUUGAUGCUGAACAAAGCUGAAUUGCUGUGUAAUAAAAGUAUUGAUACUAAAAGCUACACCAGCGAUGAUAUAAUGAGUAAGUUUGAUCCUUGGUAAGUGUGUUGCAUGGAAGCACAUGAUUCUGGAUUGAGGUAAAUUUAAUAUAUACACAAAUAUGUAUUAUGUAUACAAAUAUAUGCUGUAUAUAUAAUAUAUAAAUGAUGGUGUAGUGCAGACAGCUUAAAGAGUGUGUACUCAUGACUUUUUCUUUUCAGAGGAACAGAAAAACACAGAGUAGCUUAAUUGGGUGCAUUUGCUCAGAAGUUCAAGGACACCUGUCUGAGUGAUUUUUAGUUUUUUUUUCUUAGGUAUAGUAAUACCUAGUGGUCAUUUCUGGUGCCAGGCACUUUUACACAUUAUUUAGAAGGACAUCUUCUCUGUAAGUAUUUUAUACUUAAAACAUUUAAGCUUUUUUAAAAACCUAAGAGCUUUCCAAAAACUUCAGAAUUGUGCAAGCUGUCAUACAUACACCGCUCAAAUUUUUUUACAAGCCUUACUGGAAAAAGUGUUGCCUUUAGAUUGCAUCCCUUGUUGCAGCCACUGGUUGAGUUUUCUUUCUCCUGCAUAGAGAAGGUAUAGCCACAGCAUCAGAAUUCAGUGUGGUUAGUGUCAGAUGUUUACAGGACACACUGUUCCUUUAGAUUAGGUUAUUUAAUCUGUAUUAGUUAGCCAAAUCCUGCUGGAAUCAGUAUUGUAAAUUUAAGAGACUAGAACUACUGUAAAAUUUACUUCUAUUUCUCAGACCUUUCAUUAUUGGGACAAGAAGUCUGGAACUGAUAGUACCUGCCCCUCAUUUUUGAUACGUAAAAAUAUUUUAUUUAUCAAUAUAAUUUCUCAGUGGAUAAAUAUUUUAAUCUAUUUAAUAGAAAAUCAAAGCUCAAUUUAGUUUUUCAAACUAGCUGUGGUGUUUUA